CCGUUAAACUCCAAAGAAGAAGAAGAAGAAAAGAAGUAAACACAGCCGCGCGGAGCUCCACUGGAUACUAACAGAGAAGUUCUGACCGCACGAGCUCCUCUGAUCCUGAACCUGGUGAACAGUGACUCAGCAGGAAGUGUUCCUGUACACAGGUGACGUCACUCAGGUCCCGUAUGUAGUGUUAGUUUGGAGACUCGGACAGUAAAGUUCCCUCCCCCUGUGUCCGGUCAACGCUCUGUGACGGCCAAACUCCAUCACCCCAUGACUCUCACCCGUGACUGGGAAUGUCAUGGUUUACUCAAAUGGAGCCCAUUUAAUAAACCAGACUAUAUGCUGGCUCAGUGUAAUCAAACAUCCUGCAGGUCAGAGGAGGGGUUUACCAUCUCUCAUGCUCAGUACCUGAAGGGGAAGCCGUACCUCACCAUCACUGCAGCUGAUUACAGUAACAGAGGGACAUACACGUGUCAGUGUAAGGACAGUGAGGUCUGUGACGUGCGUCUCAUCAUCCAGCCUGUAGAGAUGAGGCGUGUGGUUAUCCCAGGAGAGCCCAUAGACGUGCACUUACCCCUCACUGACCAGGUGGAGGUGAGUUUUACUCCCAGUGCCGCUGUACAACCAUCAAACCUGCAGAUCUGCACCGUGACCAAAGAGAAGAUACACUGCAGUCCAGAUUAUAAAGAGAGAGCGUCUUUCCUCAACACUCUUCAGAUUAAAAAUGGGUGUGGCUCUGACAGCGGGAACUACACAGUACGGGAUCAGGUGAACGAUGAGACUCUCACCAUCAUACAGGUCCAUGUGACAGAGCCGUGUCCAGUGCAGGAGGGAGGUGUACCAGCGUGGGCCGUCGUACUGAUCGUGCUGCUGCUUCUGUUUGGAGCUGCGUUUGUGUCUCUAUCUGUGAUCCACCUGCGUCUGAGGAGAGAACAUCAGCAGUGCCGUCAGGGAUCUGAAGGGAGGAGACAUGAGCAGAUCCCCAUGACUGGAACUGUUCCACCUGAUCCAGGAGAAGAGCAGGACUGAUACACACUGAGCUCUUACUGAACCCACACACACCAGGAGUUACAGAGAGUACGGUGUACGGUGGGUACUCAGUGUGUAUCAGUCCUCCUCUUCUCAGUUCAUACAGUAAUAUGUUACUAAUAAACACACUGUGUGUGUGUGUGUCGGGGUGAUGGAGCUGCAGGUGAAGGAUGCUGUACACACACAGAAACAUGAUGCUUUGCUCCAUAAUCAUGUGAUAAUCAUGUGAUAAUCAGAGUGUAGAUGAACCACAGUCUCCUGAUCUGUGUAUGAGUGUGUGAGAUUAGUCCUGUGUUACACUCAGUGCCUUAUAGAAUACACUCUCACUUUAUUAUUAGGGCCUGGACACUUAGACAUCAGCCCUAUUCUGUCAUGUUACAAUAAUAAUAAUACUUACACACACA